AUGCAAGACUUAGAAAAUGUGGAAUUUGGAGCCUCUUUGAAAAAACAGGAAUUUCUCUUGAAAGAAAAAUGUGUUCAUCUGAAUCAUGGCUCGUACGGAACGGUGCCACGACGGGUCUACGAAUACAGAUUGACUAUUCUAAAAGAACAGGAAGAGAAUCCUGAUUUUUGGUAUCGGAAAAUUAUUCAAAAAUAUUGGAACGAUUCCAAGGCAGCGUUGUGUAAAUUUGUCAAUGUCAAGCACACUGAUUGUAUGGUUUUUGUAGAAAAUGCUACGACUGGCACCAGUGCAGUUUUAAAGAGUCUGAAAUUCCUGAAAGGGGACAUAAUUCUAGGCACCAACUUGACCUACCAAGGUGUGAAAAAUUUGGUUCAAUAUGUAGGAGAAACUAGAGAGGGAGUCGAAUCCAGAUUUCUAGAAAUAACGCUACCAAUAAAAACGAAAGAUGACAUCAUCAAUUUGUAUCGUGAUUAUUUGAAAAAUAACAAAAACGUGAAAAUUGCUGUCAUUGACUAUAUAACCAGUCCGAGCGCCAUUUUGAUGCCAGUGAAAGAAAUUAUCGAAGUUUGUCGUCAACAUGGAGUUUUAACGUUAAUAGAUGGCGCUCACUCACCAGGACAAAUUGAGCUGAAUUUGGACGAAUUAGGAGCUGAUUUUUUCGUCGGAAAUUUACACAAAUGGCUGUUUGCUCCACGCGGCUGCGCUAUUUUAUACGUAGCAAAACAACACACAGAUAAAAUACACGUCUUAAAUUCAUCAUGGCAUCUUUACGAAGGUUUGAACGCAGAAUUUAUCAACAACGGAACCAGAGACCAUACUCCAUUCUUUUGUGCCCAGGCUAGUUUGAAUUUCUUUGAAAGUAUCGGUGGUUUUGAAAAGGUUUACGGGUAUAAUAAGAAGCUGAUUCGAGAGGGAAGUGACUAUCUGAUGAAGUUAUGGGGAACAGAC